UCCUGGUGGUGGUGAUAAUGGAUGAUAAUUGUCUCCUUAAGGAGAAAAAGCGAUGAAUUUGCUAUUAAUGUUAUGGAUCCAACUGUGGGUCCAAUUAAGGGCAAAGAUUUGAAGAGGAGACCUAUGUUUUCAUGGCUAUGGCUGGCAUUCUCUUCGUUAACUAGAUGCAUCCUAUGCCCACAGACACAUCGGUAAUCGGUGGGUUCUGCGAACCCCGGUUGGUCGUGUCUUUUUCUCGAAAAAAGAAAUACGAGCCGGGGGUUGGUACACAUGUAAAAAUUCACGAUUGCGCCGUGGUCCCGUUGUGCUCGCACAUUCCUGCUGCGGCUGGAGGCGUUCUAGCUUUGAAACGAUUCUCCGACUUUUCUUUCUUUUCGGAUCGAGAGAGGGGGCACCAAUACUUACAGGUCGCCGAUAGAACUAUGUCCGUUGGGUGCAUCACUUCUUACAGGUACUCCGGGUGUUGUGCCGACUCCACGCACGAAUGUGUUACAUUAUGGACGCGUGAUAAUCGUUUUGCCUGGAACCGGUGCUACCACGAAUAUAGAUUAAAUGCUACGUGGAUUCAUUAUGCGACACUGGCAGGUAGCGCAGUGUAAUUCUCUUCCACUCGUCCACCCGGUUAUUACCUGUGUACCACGCGCUUACUGGAUUGACCGCCGGAGACUUCCCUCCAGGUCGUGUGUCGCCUUAUCAAACCCGC